AAUUGCCUCAUGGUAGACUGCAGAUUGUUUGCAUUUUAGCUUUUUUUUGUUCGUCUCGUCGUCGUCGUUAUUGUUUUUGCCUGGUUUAGAAAGAGCAUACAGGUUCCAGGGCCAUAGAAUUCGAUCUCGUCGAGCCCUACCUUUCAUUCUGAUACGUUUUUGCCAAAAAGCCUCAUGCACUUUACAUCUCAGUUAACGAGCGUAACGGCGAUUGUCAACACUUUGCUGGCUGCACACGUUUCAGCAACAAAAGGAAAUGGUGUUGUGCCGCUCACCAGCACGCCUUGGCUAGAGCGUCGUGCGUUGAAUGCAUCUCUGGCACAGAAUUGUUUAAAUUUCGGGAGAUGGGAUGAGAGCCUGGGACACUGCGAGUGUCCGCCUGGUUUUGGGGGCAAUGAUUGCGGCACGCCUUUAUGUGAUUCGCUGCCAGACGGUCCAAAUAGACAUCCUCGUGAUCCACACCAGCAUAGCUGCCUCUGUGCCGACGGAUGGACAGGAAUCAACUGCAAUGUCUGCAUGAGGAACGAUGUAUGUGAUGCGCUUGUACCUCCAUUAGGACCUGGGGAAGAGGCGACAUGUUUUUCGAGUAUUCGGCCGAUAAAUCGGAAUUAUUUGCAGUGCGAAGUGACCAACAAAGCGAUUGUAGAACAGCUGGACGGGAAAAAGGCGGAGAUAACAUAUGCGUGCGAUGCAUCCGAUGGAUCUUGUGCAUUCCAGUUCUGGGCAGACGAGCAGGAAAGCUUCUUUUGUCAGUUGAGCGAAUGUACCGCCAAUGAAGCGCACAGCAAAGGGGUAAAUCGCACCACCAUAAACUGCGCGAAAAUGCAUUGCGGCUGCUACCCAGGACGUAUGCUUUGUGAUCCAAACGGAAUGGACCUUUCGGAAUGGUUUGCAUCGGACGAUCCUGAAGAAGGUGGACCGGUGGGACCUGGAACCUUGCAGUGCGAAGAAACCGAAACACAUGAAGGGGAGUUACCGGAUCGGAAAUGCACGUUCUCUGAACCCCAUAUGAACAAUCUGAUAUCGACAUUUUUUGGAGACGAUAACAUCAAACUGGCAUGUCCUAUCGCCGGGGAAUGCGUUCGUGCCAGCCAAAUCCCAGGUGCGCCAGGUGGUGUACCGGGUGACCAACCUCCAGACGGUAGUUCAGGCUUUUCACCCCUCCUCAUCGGGCUCAUGUGCGCUGGGGCAGCGGUUCUUCUCGCCGGCGUGUUUGGUGGUAUCUGGUGGGCGCGCGAGCAGACUGUCAAAGAGUUCGCGGGAAUAUAUGAGGCCAUUGACGAGAUUGACGCUUAUGAUUAUGAAGAUGAUGAAAAUGGGACACGAAGAGCUGCCAUGAUGAGUAAUCACACGCCGGCGGAGAUUAUGUUCCGAGAUGUUACUUAUUUGAUUGAUCGGAGCGCACAUCCAAAGAGAAAGUGGUGGCCUUUUACUAAGAACGCUGCGACCACGACUCACUCAGGAACGCAGGAUGGGAACAAGCUCAUGGUUUUGGAUGGUGUCCAGGGUAUUGUCAGACCGGGUGAAGUGAUGGCUAUCAUGGGCGGAUCAGGGGCUGGUAAAACCACCUUUUUGGAUAUCCUUGCCAGAAAGAACAAGAGUGGUAUAGUGACUGGUGAAGUAAUAGUUAAUGGUAAAUUUAUGGGGGAUGAGGAAUAUCGAUCUAUUAUAGGCUAUGUGGACCAAGAAGACACCUUAAUGGACACGCUGACCGUUUACGAAACAAUAAUGUAUUCUGCCCUCCUUCGUCUUCCCCGCACCAUGUCUCCCGAAGCCAAAAGGGCUAGAGUCAUGGAAACGAUGAUGGAGCUCGAUAUUCUGCACAUUGCUAAUCGGCGGAUUGGGUCAGCGGGAACCAGGGGGAUUAGCGGGGGAGAGAAGCGUCGAGUAUCCAUUGCCUGCGAGCUGGUAACGGGUGCCAGUGUGUUGUUUUUGGAUGAGCCUACCAGUGGUCUGGAUGCGUUCAAUGCCUACAACGUCAUUGAAUGCCUGGUGAAUUUGGCGCGAACGUAUCAUCGUACUGUCAUACUGACAAUCCACCAACCCCGAUCCAACAUCUACGCGUUAUUCGAUAAGUUAGUGCUGUUGGCGCGUGGAAAGAUGGUGUAUUCGGGUCCAGCACAAGAGCCGUGUCGGGACUUUUUUCAUAAGCAGGGGUUUGUCUGUCCUGUUGGUUUCAAUAUUGCAGAUUAUUUGGUGGAUUUGACAAUGCAUGUUGCGAAUGAGGUCGAUACUCCACCUCAAUCGGCCAUCGGGUCAGCUAGCGAAGUACCAUCACCUACGGAUGGUCUGGCACCGGUCUUUGUGCCCGUGUCAACUUCAUCAUCUACUCCUUCCACCUGGUCAUCGCUUCCUGCGGUUCCGCGUCGAAGAAGGUCAAAUGUACGCUUACAGCAGGAAACGGAUUUGUUCACACCGCAUAAAACGGUGGAUGAGGAGGAUGAAGGUGUAGGUAUGCCAAAUGGAGCUGACGCGGAUACCGGUGGGGAGACCUCCUCUCUGACGCCUGUAGAGGAGUUGAAACCUUUGUUACCGCUUCCGAAUGAGCGGUACAGUGUUCAUGACGGGCAUACUCUCGGCCGUGCCACGUCGAAGCAAUCCUUGGCGUCGAAACGUGGAUCGAUUAUACACGGGGAGAGUAAUCGGCAAUUAAGGGCGCUUGCGACUGCUUAUGGCGAAAGUCAGGUUGGCGAGACCAUGGCACGGACGAUUGAUGAGGCGGUCAGGGAAGCCAAUGCUCGACAACCAGCUGCAACUGUAGAAAGUAGUCUGGACGGCUUGAGCAACCAUGUUCAACGGAUUCUGAAUACCAAGACGCACCACCGUGCUACGCUCUGGACCCAAUUCCGUAUCCUUUCCUCUCGAACGUUCAAACACUUGUAUCGUAAUCCGGAUCUAUUGCGGACACACUAUAUUAUUAGUGUUGUUGUGGCGAUUUGCCUGGGGUUAUUGUUUUGGAAAGUUGAUUUGAGUUUGAGUGGGUUUCAAAAUCGGAUGGGGGUGCUGUUUUUUGUGUGUAGCGUUUUUGGGUUUGGUUGUCUAAGUUCUAUGCAGGUAUUUGCGAGUGAGAGGUUAAUUUUUGUGAGGGAGCGGGCAAAUGGAUAUUAUAGUCCUGUGACAUACUUUAUGUCCAAGGUCCUAUUCGACCUCAUCCCUCUUCGAGUGAUCCCACCCAUCCUCCUCGGCCUCAUCUCCUACCAUAUGAUUGGUCUCCGCGCCGACAACAUCUUUUUCCUACUCCGAUUUCUGUUGGUCCUGGUUUUGUUCAACUUGACCGCCGCAGCCUGCUGUCUGGCCAUCAGUAUCAUCAUUUCUGACUCUGGCGUGGCUACAUUGGUUGCGACCCUUGUCAUGCUCUUUGAAAUGCUCUUUGGUGGCAUGCUCUUGAAUAAGGCGACCAUACCAUGGAUUGCUCGAUGGGCCUGUCACGGCAGUUUCUUUAACGCUGGGUGGGAGGCCCUUAUGGUGAAUGAAGUCAACGGGCUGAUGCUGUACGAAACGAAAUUCGGGUUGAAGAUUAAUGUGCCAGGAACGUUGGUUUUACAGACAUUUGGAUUGAAUGCGCAGGGAUAUUGGGGGGAUGUUGUGAGGUUGGGGGGAAUGUUGGGGAUAUUACUGUUUGCCGGUUUCUUGUGGCUGGCGGUGGUAGUCAAGGAACGACGGUAAAGAGAAUCGCAUGAAGGGGUGUGCAUGGUACCUGAUACUUUGGAGUAUUACUUUUGAUUAAUACAUAACAAUGGAAUUCUGAUUGUUUCCUUCAAGCACAA